GCGUUCACUGGGCUAAUCUUAAUCUUUGCUUUGCUCUUCAAAACGAGUGUUUCUGCUGUGAGGCUACUUGACAGGAAGCAUGACCUCAUUCUCCGCCGUGCCGCUGAUUGCACGGGCUGCUUUCAAAAGGAAACAGGGGACUUCACCGACCUGCCGUUCCCAAGCCCCAGGGCUGAUCUCUGCCAGCCAGCCGCAGAAGGAGCACCCUCCACUUCACGUCUCCGAGGCUCCCCUGUUGAUGAUGAGCAACGUUUUUGCAUCCAUGUGUUAAUAGAAAUGGAUUUUCCAGAUAAUCUACAUUGCCUGUUACCCCAAGGUGUAUGAAACAAUCCUUUGCAAGAUGUAUGGAAUACCACGUGUUGCAUCAACACCAGGAGCAAGUUCAACAGCGUUUAAUGGAGAACAUGGAUGCAGCUUCUCACAACGUAUUUUUCCAAGUUAUGCUUGUGCCUUUUUGGACUACGACCCUGCCUAUGAGUGUUGUUCCACAAAUCCUCUGCCCAGCUCCCUUUCCACAUGUCGCCGCAGCCCUCGCCUGCUUUCUAAUGGUUAUUACGUUUUGACAGAAGACAGUUUUCUGUCUGAUGAAGAAGGCAACAUAACAUUGACACCAUGCCAGACAAGUGUUACAUAUAAAGAGAAUUUAGUUCGCAUAUUCAGGCGAAGGAAGAAAAUCCGUCGCUCUCUGGACAGCUUGUUCAAUCUUGAUGCCUGCAGUUCAUGGGUCAACCGCACCGUUCUCAGCAAUAUGGAUCCCUCCCACAUAGACGAUCCUUGGCUUGAUGGACGCAGUAAACUCGAAAGCAGUCAGAGCAAUAUUGUCACUGAAGAUCUCGUUAGAAGACGUGCAGAACAUAACGACUGUGAAAUUUUUUCACUGGAAGAAAUCUCUUUACAUCAGCAGGAAAUAGAAAAACUAGAGUAUCUUGACAAAUGGUGUCGAGAUUUAAAAAUUCUCUAUCUUCAGAAUAAUCUAAUUCCAAAAAUUGAAAAUGUGGGCAAACUCAAGAAGCUGGAAUAUUUAAAUGUAGCUUUGAACAACAUUGAAAGAAUUGAAAAUCUGGAAGGCUGUGAAGAACUGAAGAAACUUGACCUAACAGCAAAUUUCAUUGGUGAACUCUCCAGUAUAGAAACCCUAAAAUAUAAUAUACACCUGAAUGAACUGUUUCUAGUGGGUAACCCAUGUACUGAAUUUGAAGGUUAUAGGCAAUACGUGGUAGCAACUCUUCAUCAAUUAAAAUGUUUGGAUAGUAAAGACAUAGAACGUUCAGAGAGGAUUCAAGCACUUCAAAAUUAUCCAGAAGUGAAACAGAAAAUCAGAGAACAGGAACGAGCUUACCUUCUCAAAAGAGCCAGAGAAAAAGAAGAGGCUCAAAGAAGACUGCAAGAAAGAAAGGACAAGAAAGAAAAACAAAUGAAAUCUAAGCUUGAAUUUGACAGCCCAGACUCUCUACAGAACAAAGAAAACCAUCAGACAGAAGGAGACAGAGAACAAGAAACAUGGAGAACAGCUGAAGAUGAUGAAGAAGACAGAAGAUUUUGGGAGGAGCCUACACCAUAUACUCCAGAGACUAGAUUAGAAACUCACAGAUAUAUUGAAGAAAAACGGAGAGCUAAAGACAAUACAAGGGAAUCAAAAAAGAGAGAGAAGCCUCCUCGGACAUUGGUCACUGCAGAAGGAAAAGUUCUGAAUGUGAAUGUGCCUAAGCUUCAUUUCUCCUUGAAAGAUGAUGAAGAAAACAACCAAAUCAUCUUGGAUCUUGCUGUUUACAGACACUUGGACACUUCUCUGCUUGAUGUUGAUGUCCAGCCAACUUACAUACGAGUACUGGUGAAGGGAAAGCCAUUUCAGCUUGUUCUCCCUGAGGAAGUGAAGCCAGACACCAGCUCUGCUAAAAGAUCACAAACAACCGGCCACUUAGUUGUCAGCAUGCCAAAGGCUAAAGAAAUAAUCCUGGCUAAGCAAGAAGUAUCAACUUCAGUUAAACGUUCCAACUGCAAUACACCGCAAAAAAAUGCAAGAAGGAGCACACAGGUUGAGAAAUUAGAAGUGGAUCCCAGUAAAUAUUCAUUCCCUGAUGUGACAAAGAUAAUCCAAGAAAAAGAACGAAUCGGACAGGGACCUAUUAGGCUACAACCAGAGAAGAUUGCAGAGACUAAGAAGAGUUAUGUUGAUUUUGAAAAUAAUGAAGAUGUUCCUCCCUUAAUUUGAAACUUUCUUAAAUAGUCCCUCUAUGUGUGGCAUUUAUGCUUGAGUUGUUUUUAUGACCCCGUGUGUAAAGUAAGUACAAUAUAGCUGAAGUUGGAAAUAUUAUUACAGUUCUUAUCAUAAACUUUGUUAUGCCUGAGUUUUCUGUUGCAUUUCCUGUUAGUAUAUUGCUAUAUACAUUCUUUUUUCUAGAUUGUUUACUUAGUAAGCCUCAAAUCAGAAUGGGAGUCAUAUAAGUCAGACAUUGUCAUUUCUUCAAAGAAUUUACUGUCUAACUUGAAAGAUGGAGUAUUACUGUAGAAAAAGAGAAGGAAGGAAGAAUGCACUUGUAACAGGAUUUAUUAUUAUUCUAACCAAACUGAAGAUAGC